CGGCCCGUCGGGUGUUUUCUAAAAUCCACCCCGAUGUUUUCUGCUGAGCGUGGUUUCUGGCCAGGAGAGACGUGGUCGGCUAAUCUUCGGCGACUUUGCUCAGCAGAAACAACACGACCGAAUUGUAUUGAAUUGUAUUGAAUCUCCGCGGAUCAGCAAAUCCGCAAAUCCCCAAACGGGAGAUAAAUAGCUCGACCGGACGCUCCCCGGACUCUCGCAAAAGAAACAACAACAACAACCACGAGCAACAACCACAACCGGAAUAAUGACAGAGCAAUACAGUCCUCCAGAAGAAAUGGCGACUCCGGAGAGUCCAGAUGAGACAGGGCCCAAUUAUAAGGUGACUCUUUACGAGCUGGAGAAUUUCCAAGGGCGGAAAUGGGAGCUGACGGACGAGAGUCCCAAUGUGACUGAGAAGGCCCUCGACAAAGUCGGAUCCAUCCACGUCGAGGCCGGACCAUGGGUGGGCUUUGAGCGGCAGGCGUUCGGUGGGGCGCAAUUCGUACUCGAGGUCGGAGCGUUCCCGCGAUGGGACUCGUGGUCCAACGGUCACUCCGGAGCGGCCACCCUACUCUCCAUACGCCCCCUCCUCAUUGACGGGACGGACCACAAGAUCCACCUGUUCGAGGGUGCCGGGUUCGGGGGGCGCAAGAUGGAGAUCGUGGAGGACGACGUUCCGAGCCUCUGGGCUCACGGAUUUCACGACCGCGUCGCCAGCGUCAAGGCCCUGCACGGCAUCUGGGUGGGCUACGAGUACCCCGGCUACCGGGGGCGGCAGUACGUGUUCGAGAAGGGCGAAUAUCGCCACUGGAACGAGUGGGACGCCAGCCAGCCCUUGAUGCAGUCCAUGCGCCGGGUGCGAGACAAGCAGUGGCACAAGCGCGGGUGCUUCGAGGAGAGCUAGGGACACCACGACUCGACCCAAGAAGUCCCGGAAAUAUCGUAUUAAUCCUAAUCAUAUCCACCGAGGAAGACAACGACCCGCCUGCUUUCGACUCUUGCCGCCUGUGUAUAAACAAUAACUAUUUAGUAGUAAUAAUCGUCCUAUUAACCCUCUUCAAUAAAGGAAUUUGCCCGCUGA